UACGAAAAGUCAAAUUAUGGUUAAGGAUGAAAUUAUUAUGUUUUUGAUUUCUAUCGUGUUUUCAAUCUUUUAUGCCGUUGCAGACAUCGGUAAAGAUAAAGAUGAAAAUUGGUGGUAUGUAUUUGUUGGUCUCCCUUUAAUAAUAUCACUAUCCUACAUUUUGCUCAUUACUUUAUUUCUCCUAAGUUUCAUAUUACGAAUUAAAAAUAUUAAAAAAUCUACUCAGAAUAAUGAAUCACUUGAAAGUGAGUCCAAACGUCUGAAAGUUGUCGAAACAGAGAAAAUUGCAUCUUAUGUUUUCAUGAUCUGGAUUAACUCUGUGGCUAUCGGCGUAUAUUACAUAUUUGCCUUUUCUGUUGGUGGUGUGUUAAUCUUAAUCCAAUAUAUUCGUAACGAAUCCUUAAUGCACAAACCAAACCAAUUGAAUAUUCCGAAGCUCGUAGUCGAUCAUGCGCCUAACGAAGAUCCCGAUGUUUCUCAGACAAAUUCCACGAAUUGUUUUUUUGGUCUAUUUCAUUCAAAUAAAGAUUCGUCACUCUUGUCGGCCAGUAAUAGUCUUUCGCCUAGAGAAUCUUUUCGCCAUUCAUUCCGAGAUUCAUUUCGUGACUCAUUUAUAAACAUGAAAUUACCAUUCACAAAAAUUCAAAUCCAAGUGGUUCAACACCAAACGUCGGAUUUUUCUGACAAUAUCACUAAUGAUAAUCAUGUUCAUCUUGAAACUCCUGCCAUUAGUAACAUUUCUUAA